AAUUAGGUCAGAGUGAGUAGAGGAGGGUGGUAUGGAAUUGAGGAAAGGGAUGAUGGAUGCAAGAGUACUACUGGGGAUGCUAGUGGUACAAGUAAUUGCAGCGGGGCUGCAAUUACUUUCUAGAGUUAUACUGAGUGAGGGAACCUUCAUUUUUGCUCUCUUAACCUAUCGUAACAUCCUCGCGGCCUUAUGCGUCGCGCCCUUUGCGCUCUAUUUCGAGAGAGGCGCUCUCAAGAAAAUCAAUUUUGCAGCAUUUUUCUGGCUUUUCAUGGUAGCACUAACAGGGAUAUUGCUGGCUAUGGGACUAUUUUACUAUGGUUUGAAGGACACGUCAGCUACAUAUGCUACCAACUUCCUUAACCUUAUUCCAAUACUCACCUUUAUCUUCUCAAUUAUUCUAAGGAUAGAAAAGUUGAAUCUGCAUACGAAGGGUGGUAAGAUAAAAAGCUUGGGAGCGAUUCUAUGCUUUGCAGGAAUAUUAACAAUGGCUCUCUACAAAGGCAAAUCUUUCAACCUUAGUGCCCACAAUCAUCAUAAAAUUGUUAUCAAAACCCACCAAAACAACAUUAGAGGAACCUUGCUCUUGAUUGGAAGCUCUAUUUCUUAUGGCUUUUGGUUCAUUCUACAGGUGAAAUUAUUCAAAGUAUUUCCCUAUAGAUAUUCUGGGACCAUGAUUAUAUGCUGCAUAGCUUCAGUUCAAGCCACAGUGGUAGGUUUGUGCAUGGAUACAAAAGUUAAGUCAUGGCGAUUGGGUUGGAAUCUUCAGCUUCUUACAAUUUUAUACUCGGCUACACUAGCGACAGGUGUAACGUAUGCUUUGAUUUCGAUGGUUGUAGCAGAGAAAGGGCCGACAUAUCCUUCCAUGUUCAAUCCUUUAUCUCUGCUAUUCAUCCUCAUAAUCGAAGCUAUUUUCUUCGGUCAAGAGCUCUAUGUUGGAAGCUUGAUAGGCAUGGCAUUGAUCGUAGCUGGGCUGUAUUCAUUCUUGUGGGGAAGUGAUAAUGAUAGGAAAGCCACGCCACCGCCGCUCCCCCUCAAAGAAAUCGGCAGCGGCGGAUAUGCGGAGGAGAGAAUGGAAUCUGGAAGGUUGCAACCCUCCGCCACCAUCGCUCCAACUACUACUAAUUAAUUACUGCAUUUUUUUUAAUUCUAGAAAAUGCUAAAUUCAUUAUGGAAAUUAUAGUACUACAAGCACUUUUUGCGUGGUAUGACCCUCCGAUUAGAUCACAUAUUUAACAAAAAUAAUAAUUAGUGAUCAAAUUUUGGAAA